UAAACAAAAUGGUGGACGAACCGUCACUUUUGGCUGAAAAAAAAAGAAGAUACAACGCUACGAAGAUAAGUCAUUGCUUCAUACUUUCCACUAUGCAUUUUUGAGAUUGAGUGAAAAAUUUGUUUGUUGAAAUAUUGCAAUAACUCGCCUAAAACGCGAUGAAAAUCUACGAAAUCAACACAAAAGAAAGAUUAUGAUAUAUUCUAUACGGUUGUAUGAUCUGGCUGUCCCAAGUAUUUGUUUUCCCAAGUUUUUAAAUUUUGAAUUUACCUGUUACCCUUAUUGGUAUUCUUCUCUCAUUCUCAAUUUUCAUAUAGGUUUUGUGCUGUUAGUCUAUCAACAAAAAGAGGACAGGUUGCUAAGGGAAAUGAAAGUUUAGUCGACCUCUAAACAUAACAGUUAAGACUAGGGAAAGGACCGAGGUUCGAUCCUACUGAUGCUGCACCAAGCUUAAUUUCUAUUUUCCCCACGGGACUUGUAGUUUUAGGUAGACGUGUCGAAAAUUUGUUUACUUCAUUUUCACCUCUAUUCGAGCAUACCGUUUUUUAUUUUUAGUCUUUUAAUAGCUGUGACCUCAAAUUUAUAUUUUGUUGCGUGUUUCAUCAAAUCGGGAAUUGCAAAUCAGUUUUCUUUUGUUUAUGUUGCAUAAAAUUCCCGAUUUGAUUUCUCAUCCGGCGGUAACUUUAAAGGCGAAUAAAUCCACCAAGACAAAGUUUUUCAAUAACAAAAUGUGAUUGCAAAGUUUUUUUAAAAUACCUUAAACUUUUGAUACAUUCCAAACCCCAAUCGGUAUUUUCAUCAGUUUAAUCAAAGUUUUAGGCAAAGAGAAGAAAUUUCACACGCUCAACAUGCGCAAAUUUCUUGAUAUUUGUGCGCAUGGUGUGUAGUCCCUUACAACAAGUGUGUAAGGGUGGUCAGAUUUAUUUAUAUAGCGUUAUUUAGAAGUUGUAUGCGAGGCUCUUAUUUUCAAACAACCCAGAAUAGCCUACGAAGUCAUUUUACCCUAUAAGACGAUCUUUCGAUAGAAAAUUCUUUUACAAAAAUUUUCAAAUUCCUUGUAUUCUUUAAGAAUUCUUAAAUUACAUGUAGUUAUUGCAACAUUGAAUUCAUUUAAUUGCUUGGCGGAGAUGUCAAAAUAUUUUGAAAAGUCGUGCAACGUGUACACUGAUCAGAUAAUAUAUCAAAUAGUUUCCUAAAUCUUUCGUUAAACCAGAGUUUUCGUUAAUGUUUAUAUUUCUGAUAUUGAUGUUUUUGGUGUAUGAAUAUUAAGGGUCAUAUUUCGCCGAGGAGCAUAUCUAAAUUGGGCAUUUAGAACACACUUAAGUGUUUAUGCUGAGCUGAUGCACAGCCACCCACAAGAUUAUAUAAUUAGUUGCUAGAGGGCAAUUUGAUGAGAACAAUAGUUAAAGCGCGUCAUCACUUUAACCCCUGCUGUUUAACUUCUUCCGUGUAGAAGAAAAUUAUGCAGAUAUGGAGCCUCAGUAACAACAUAAUACAAAGAUCGCUAUCGUGAAACUUUGCUUGUUUGUAUAUUAUGCAAAGUAAUAUAGUUUUUUAUUUAAGAUUGGAGGAUUUUGAUUACUUGGACAAUAUUCAUCCCAAUUGGGCAUGCAGAACACACUUACCAAUAGUCACACUCACAUUCAUUGGGUGUGACAUAUUAUACAUUUUGUUAAUGCUGAUCUACGAGAAAGUUCUUCCACAGCAACAAUUUUCCAUGGUUACCAGUUAAGUAAAGAAUACAAGUUAAAACUUAAAAAUUCCUUAUCGGCAGGAUUCCUCUAUCACUAUAUGAAAAUUUAAUAACACUCGAUACUCCCGACAGACUCCUAUGAAACGAUUUAGAAAAGAAAUAAGAGCGAUGAUUCUGAAGACAAAUCAGUUGUUUCUAUGCUGUCUAAUAAUGUUCACUGUGGGAGAUGUAAUUUACCAAACCAUCGCAAUGGAUUCGGAUGAAAAAGUCGAGAUGGAACAAUCAUGGGAGCAACAGAAAAUCAUAAAACUAAACUGGUUUCUUGAACAAGAAGACAAAUCAAGCAACCUGUUAGUCGCACUUCUUGAACAACCAGUAAAGCAAAUCCGGGUGAAAAGGGAUGAGCCAGGUGGAUGCGGUGAUGACCCAGAGACCAUACUAAUCGUGUUCAGUAACAUUAAAACAAGACUAUACAGCGGCCCUUGCAAUGCAAGUUCUCAGAGUAGAAACUUGAAGACAAGGAUUGAAAACGCGUUCGAGACAGUAUUCAAGAAAACGGGCAAUGAUGAAUAUUUGGGAGUUGAAAUAACAAAAUUUAGCUCUGGAAGCGUUAUCGCAGAUAUGGAGGUGUUAUUUAAAAAAGGAGAUGAAACCGGAAUAAUGGAGCUGCUAGCUGCUGUACGAAAUAACUCAUUUGGUGAUUUUGAUGUUGAUCCUAACGCUCUUCAAGUUGUUAUAACAGGUGCAUGUCCACCAAAUGGUCCUGACAUCUGCCCAGGAAAUUCAACAUGUGAAACGCUGACUGAGAGUACAAUAAAAUGCCCUUGCAUUAAAGAUUUUUACUUUGACGGUGUUACAUGCAUAAAAAACGUCGUUGUAAAAGUUGAAAUAAUCUUAGAAAGGGAGUUUACCCCAGCGUUGAAGAACGAAAGCUCAGAAGAAUAUAUAGAGUUGAAAAAGAAUAUUACGAAUAAGCUAACGGAGACUUUUAAAGAUACCCCAAACUUUGAACGCGCGGAAGUCACGGGAUUCAGGAACGGAUCUCUCGUAGUAGAAUUUAGGCUUAUUUACCGGAGAGAUCCAGAUACUAAUAAGAAAGUUGUGGUUGGCGAAACAUUGAAAAAGAAAAUUCUUGAUGAAGGGAAACUUGGAGAGUACAGAAUUAUUAAAGACAAAAUAUAUAUACAAGAACCACCUCCUCCACCAAAGAGUCUUAAUCAUUCCAAGGUCACCGAGGACAGAAUUGACAUUCGUUGGGAAAAACCUGCAGCGAACGACUUUUUCAAAAUAUUUGGUUACAUAGUAAGCCACAAAGAAAAGUCUCAAUUAAAAUACAAGACGCAGAAUAUGUCAUCAGAUGCAUCUAAUGUUGUAUUACGUGAAUUGAAAAGUGAUACAUUUUACGACAUCACAGUCCAUGGAUAUAAUAAAGAGGGCAGUGGAGACAAAAUAGAAAUUUCAGUAAAGACAAAAGAAGAGGAUUCGUCUAAUGUUGUGGUGGUUAUUAUUAUUGUUGUUAUCGUUGUUGUGCUUCUUAUCAUCGUCGGCAUUGUAGUUUUCUACAAAAUAAGAAAAAGGACAAGAGAAAGGCAUCUGGAGCAACCAAUGGGUAUGGGUAAAAUGCGUUAGCCAAACGAACAAGUCCAGGCGAGGUAACCCUCAUAUUUGAAAUGAAGACAAUAUCGAAAAUGAAAAAAUUGUUAUAGUUAUUAUUUUAUUAACUUGGCUUGAUGACUGGAAUAUAAACUUGUGCACAUAUCAGUAAACUCAUUUCAUUAUAGCUGCUUAGUCUUUUUUGUCUUUUCGAAUGGAAUCAUAUAUGAAAUAAUUAUAUAUAAAUAUUUAAGGAUAUUAUUGCAUGCGAUAAAAAAUCUUAAGAUUUUAAAAUGUUUUAGUAUAAGGAAUAUUUUGCGUUCAUAAAAUGACAACCAGCAGUUGUAAAAUAAUAUGAUAGCAUUUAGGCAUAUUCAGGCUUGUUUCAAAUUUUAUGAUGUGCCACUAAAGAGAUAAGACGCCGAAGUCAACGUUCUUCCCUCUAAAAGCGAGCCCCACUUUAAUAAAGAGAGCAUAAUAUAAAUCCAACAAUUUAAAUAAAUUACAUUCGUCAUCUCAAAAGCAUGAAAUUCAAAUCAUAGAAACACCGCAUAAGAUCAUUCAUGCCCAUAGCCGAUAGCGACGUUUAAAACAGCUCUAAACAGCAGUAGCGGCACGACUUUUGAUGAUGCAGAUGCAAAACUAUUUCAGUGCCCAUAUUAAGAAACAAUCAAUUUUUAAAGAAAUAGUGAUAGUGAUUAAAACUUGCAUUUUGCCUGAUUAUCGUCCGUUCAAGAUCGAUGUAAAAUUACUUUUAUUUUUAGCUCUAUUGCAUCACCUAGUGCCUGUA